AUGGCUGCGGGCACUAAUCUCGACCGGGCGAUCGAGCUCGUCCAGCGUGCCAUCGACGAGGACCUGAAGCAAAACUACGCCGAAGCAUACAAGCAGUAUCAGAACUCGCUCGACUACUUCAUGCUCGCCCUCAAGUAUGAGAAGAACGACAAGGCGAAGGCGCUCAUCCGGAGCAAGAUCGAGGAGUACCUCAAGCGCGCGGAGACGCUCAAGCAACACCUAGAGAAUCCUGCGGACAGCAAGAAGAAGGCGGUCGGGAUGAGCAACGGCGGGGGCGACAAGAAGGAUGGCGACGAGGACGACGUGGAUCCCGAGACGAAGAAACUGCGCGCGGGGCUUUCCUCUUCCAUCCUUGCCGAGCGACCAAAUGUGAAAUGGGACGACGUCGCGGGUCUGGAGGGCGCCAAGGCAUCGCUGAAGGAGGCCGUCAUCCUGCCCAUCAAGUUCCCGCACCUCUUCACGGGCAAGCGUACACCCUGGCGCGGCAUCCUGCUCUACGGCCCGCCCGGCACGGGCAAAUCGUACCUCGCGAAAGCGGUCGCGACCGAGGCAAAGAGCACGUUCUUCAGCAUCUCCUCCUCCGAUCUCGUCAGCAAGUGGCAGGGCGACUCCGAGCGGCUUGUGAAGCAGCUGUUCACGAUGGCGCGCGAGAGCAAACCGUCGAUUAUCUUCAUCGACGAGCUGGACUCGCUCGCAGGCUCGCGUGGCGAGGGCGAGUCGGAGGGCUCGCGCCGGAUCAAGACAGAGUUCCUGGUGCAGAUGAAUGGCGUCGGCCACGACGAUACCGGCGUCCUCGUCCUCGCCGCGACCAACAUCCCCUGGGUGCUCGACAACGCCAUCAAGCGUCGGUUCGAGAAACGGAUAUACAUCCCGCUCCCGGGCGCCGACGCGCGACGACGCAUGUUCGAGCUUCACAUCGGCAACACUCCCACCACGCUCACGCCUCAAGACCUCCGCGAACUCGCCCAACGCACCGAAGGCUACUCAGGCUCCGACAUCUCCAUCGUCGUCCGCGACGCCCUCAUGCAACCCGUCCGCAAAGUCAUCUCCGCCACGCACUUCAAGCCCGCCCCCUCCCCGGACGGUUCCGGCAAGCAACAGUGGACGCCGUGCUCGCCCGGCGACCCGGCCGCGGUCGAGAAGGACUGGUCCGAGCUCGAGGCGGACGAGCUGCUCGAGCCGCCGCUCAAGAUGGCCGACUUCGUGAAGAGCGUCGAGAGCGUGCGGCCGACGGUGACGGAGGCCGACAUCCGGCGGCACGACGAGUGGACGAAGGAGAGCGGGGAGAGCGCGAUAUGA